AAGUCCAUUUCGAGUAUUAAUAUAACAUGUGACAAACUAGAAAACAAAAUAAAAGAGCAUGACAAGAAGUUUGAUGAUACGAAUACAGCAGUCGCAAAACAAAUCUCUGAAACAUCAGUCAAAGUUGAUGCACAACUAAAACAAUUUGACAAAAGAGUAACAACAGAAAUACUGUGUGUGCGUGACGAAAUAAAAAAUCUCAGUUAUGAUAAUCUGUCGCUAAAUGAUAGCAUGUCAAUCAAUAACUCUAAGCUCGCUGAGCUAACUAAAAAAAAUGAUGACCUAUUAGGUCAGAUUGAAAGCCUGAUUGUUGAAUCAGACGAGCUGAACAAAACGAUCCGGGACCUGGAUAGCAGAUGUUUGCAAGACAAAAAGGCUUUGCAAGACGCUGUAUUUGAAAAUGAAUCAAAGAUCUGUAAUUUGGGAAAAUGUAACAUUGAGUCCAAACAGAAGCAGACGACAAUGGAAGAGCAGAUAACGUUCAUGUACUGUAGACUGCAACAAGACGGAGUUAACUUCCAGCAGUUCCGAGAUUCAGCAAACCGUUGGUUGUUGAAUGUCAAGGUCACGUGUGACACUCUGGAAGACAAGAUGACUGCCCAGGGUAAAAACGUAGAAGAGCUCAAGACAAAGCACCAAGUUCUGUCCAAAUCAAUGUUAGACAGUGCCGCUGUAAUGACGUCCCACCGGAAAAGGUUGGACGAGGUAAUAAGAAGAGAAACACAGAGCAGAUCUACUGAAAUAAACAACAUGCGACUUGAAGUGCAGGCAAUAGAAAAAGAGCAUCAAAAAGGCAACUCGAAAAUAGUUGACCUGUACCUGAAGAUGAACGCGCAAGAUAGCAAACUGAAAAGCCUGCGUGAUGACAUAGAUAGCUUGGAUUCUGCAAGAAAAAAAUUGGAACAGUGCAGUAAGCAGGCCCAGUCUACACUACAAGCAAAAGUGAACCAGUUGCUCUCAGAGACGGAGGAAACAAAAACAGCUAUAGAGCAGUGCAAACAAGAUACACAGGAAGUCAAGCAAGUUCAGACUGACAUCAACAACGAGAUCAGUGCCACUCGAUCCAAACAAUCGUAUUUCCAAAUCAAGGUUGACCAGCUUGUAACCAAAAUUAACAAAUGUGAGGAGAAGUGUAGGAUGCUGUCGACUUAAAUAAAUAUGUAUGCCGUGUUUGUCAAGGGAACAGAUGUCGACGGUAUAGUUAAGGAUGUGAGAAACGCAUUUCAAGGACUGUACUCAAGAUUUAAA